AUGAAAGAGGCAGCGUAUGUUGAAGAGCUGAAAAUUCUUAAAGAUUUCAAAAACACCAAGAAUGAAUGGUAUGUUAAAGAAACAGGGAGAAGACACAGAAAGGCCACUCCUAAUGUUCAAAAGGGUGAGGGAUCUUCUUCACAACCAAAGAAGAAGCAAAAGAAAGCUACGAAAACGUCUUUGAUUGAUGAACCUGAAGAAGAUGAACAAGUGGUAGCUGCGGAAGAAGAUCCAUUUAAUGUUGAUGAACAUUUGUUGUUCAACACUGAAGUCUUAGAGACAGGGCCAACUGUGGAAGUUGAAACUGAGCAUAUUGUGAAUGUUGAAGCUCAGAAAGGGAAAGAUAAAGUUAUUGAUGACAUUGAGGGAGAUGAUGUUGAUAAAGACACUACAAGCUCCACGAGUUCUUCAGAAGAGGAAGUUGAUGAAACUGAAUGUUUACGAAGAAUUCAGGAAGCAACAGAACAAGAAAAAUUGCUAAGGAAGAGAAAGAGACAGGAAAAGGACGAUGAUGAUGCUUAUGUUCCUUCUCUAGAACAUGUCUCCGAGUCACAAUCUCCUCCAGGUGGUAAAAAGAAAGCUGGAGCUCGAAAGAAAGUCAUAUCUCCAAAGAUUCGAAAAGUUACACCGAAAAUCUCAAAACCGAAGAUUGUCCUAAAGAAGAAACAAACCAAAGAAACCAGGAAACUACAAACACCACCUCAUGAACCAACUCCACACCAAUCACCAAUCCAAUCACCACCCCGACAACCUACACCACCACAACAACCUUCACCACCGAAACAACCAACACCACCAAGACAACCAUCACCUAUACAUCAUUCACCACUACAUCUUUCACCUCCACCACAACAAACCCUAUUCACCUCACAAGAAAUCUUUCAAACACCUCCAUCCACUGAAAUGCAACCUGGUUCUUCUGGUAAAGGUCUUUACACGCCUCAUGAUAGCCUUGAAGAUAUCGGAGAUUUCGGUUUUGCUAAUGAUGAGCAAGUGAAGAAAUUGGAGAAAAAGAUGGAUGAAGUGUUAGUUGAAAACAAGAAGUUAGCCGCUGAAAACAAGAAAGUUACAGAUCGUGAGAGAAUUCUUGAGAUGCGUGUGAAGAGGUUGGAGAAUGAUAACAAACAGUUGGUGAAAAAGAUUGAUUCUGAUCAUUCAGAGAUUGACAUCUUGAAGAUGAGAGUUGCUGAGCUUGAAGAAGAAAAAGCUCGACGAGAUGAACAAAAUGAAUACUUCAAGUUGAAGAACAAAGAGCUUGAAGCAGCUAAAGUGUUCAGAGAUCAUGAAUUCUAUAUGCUGAAUAAAGUAGUUGAAAGUAUGCUCGGAACGUCUGUAAACAAAAGUUUGAAGAGCUACAAGUUGAAGAGCUCAGGGCAGAACGUCAAGCUAAAAUUGAUGAACAAAUGA